UCCAUUCAUUUUGGAAAUAGCCGCUAAGAUAAGAUAGCUCAUAAUAGCUAAACUAAGCUAACGUUAGCUAGCCAUGCAGCUAAGUUUGUGAGCCUUAUAAACUAACUUGCUCACAGUGGCUUCAUAUGUGCUUUGGUGUGAAUAGUAUCUAGGAACUGGAUUUUUAUCUUGCUCAUAUUUCUAAGCUAACAAAUGCAAAUAACAUCAUCUUCACCGGGGCAGUGUGUUAGUUCAGCAAGUGUCAGUGCCAUGUUUGCCAGACUGGCCUUGUGCUCCCGCCUGCCAUCCAGAACCCGGCAGUCAAAUGUUUGUCCACUUUCUAGCAGAGCGUAUUCUCAAACCAAGUUCUUACUCCCACGUUCCCAUGGGAAGUCGUUUGCCCACCGUAGUGAGUUAAAGCAGGCCAAACGCAUUGUGGUGAAGCUGGGGAGUGCUGUGGUGACACGUGGAGAUGAGUGUGGUCUGUCACUGGGACGACUGGCCUCCAUAGUAGAGCAGGUGGCCGUGCUGCAGAACCAAGGCAGGGAAAUGAUGAUUGUCACCAGUGGGGCGGUGGCAUUUGGAAAACAGAGAUUGAGACACGAGAUCCUACUAUCUCAAAGUGUCAGACAAGCCUUGCAUUCUGGACAGAACCAACUCAAGGACAUGUCAGUUCCAGUUUUGGAGGCAAGGGCCUGCGCGGCUGCUGGGCAGAGCGGCCUGAUGGCGUUGUAUGAGGCUAUGUUCACCCAAUACAGCAUUUGCACUGCACAAAUUCUGGUCACUAACCUGGAUUUCCAUGAUGAGCAGAAGCGUCGCAACCUGAACAGCACGCUCCAUGAACUGCUAAGGAUGAACAUAGUGCCUAUCAUCAACACCAAUGAUGCUGUUGUUGCACCGCCUGUUCCCAGCAGUGACCUGCAGGGAGUAAAUGUAAUAAGCAUUAAAGAUAAUGACAGCUUAGCUGCACGGCUGGCUGUUGAAAUGAAAGUAGACCUCCUCAUUGCCCUGUCUGAUGUUGAAGGCUUAUACGACAGUCCCCCAAGUACAGAUGAUGCCAAGCUCAUUGAUAUAUUUUAUCCUGGAGACCAGCAGUCAAUCACUUAUGGCACGAAGUCCAGAGUUGGCAUUGGUGGCAUGGAAGCCAAGGUGAAAGCAGCUCUGUGGGCACUACAGGGUGGUACGUCUGUUGUCAUUGCCAAUGGUACGCAUCCUAAAGUAACGGGUCAUGUCAUCACUGACAUCGUGGAAGGAAAGAAAAUUGGCACUUUCUUCUCCGAAGUGAAACCUGCAGGUCCAACUGUGGAGCAGCAGACAGAGAUGGCCCGGAACGCAGGAAGGGCUCUGGCCUCCCUGCUCCCAGAGCAAAGGGGAGAGAUCAUCUGCUCUCUUGCUGAGCUGCUUACAGAGAAGAAGGAUGAGAUUCUGAGUGCGAACAAGACAGACAUGGAGUUAGCAACAGCAUCAGGUCGUUACUCCCAGCCUCAGAUCAACCGCCUGAGUCUGUCAACUGCAAAGCUGAACAGUCUUGCCAUCGGCCUACGUCAGCUUGCUGUGUCGUCCAGGGAUAGUGUGGGUCGGGUGCUUAGGAGGACCAGGGUAGCCAACAACCUGGAGCUGGAACAGAUCACUGUUCCCAUCGGUGUCCUGCUCGUCAUCUUUGAGUCACGUCCUGAUUGUCUCCCGCAGGUGUCAGCACUGGCUAUUGCCAGUGGAAAUGCUUUACUACUGAAAGGGGGUAGAGAAGCUUCCAACACCAAUAAAAUUCUACAUCAACUCACGCAGGAAGCACUUGCCAUUCAUGGAGUGGCAGAUGCCAUCCAGCUGGUGAGCACACGUGAAGAAGUUGAGGACCUGUGCAAAUUAGACAAGAUGAUUGACUUGAUCAUUCCAAGAGGCUCAUCACAGCUGGUCCGGGACAUCCAAAGGGCGGCUAAGGGGAUUCCUGUACUGGGCCACAGCGAGGGUGUCUGUCACGUCUACUUAGACAGCAAUGCCAGUAUAGAAAAGGCUAUUGAUAUUGUCAGAGAUUCCAAAUGUGACUACCCUGCGGCCUGCAAUGCCAUGGAGACCCUCCUUAUUCACAAAGAUUUGCUGCGAACGCCAAUAUUUGACCAGAUCAUUGAUAUGCUGAGAAUAGAGCAUGUGAAGAUCCAUGCAGGCCCACGGUUUGCAUCUUAUUUAACUUUCAGCCCAUCCGAGGUGAAAUCUCUCAGGACAGAGUAUGGGGACCUGGAGUGCUGUGUUGAGGUGGUAGACAGCAUGAACGAUGCCGUGGACCACAUCCACAAAUACGGCAGCUCCCACACUGAUGUCAUUGUUACAGAAAAUGAAGAAACUGCUGAACAAUUUCUGCAGCUGGUGGACAGUGCCUGCGUAUUCUGGAACUGUAGCUCUCGCUUUGCUGAUGGCUACCGUUUUGGCUUAGGAGCUGAGGUUGGUAUCAGUACGGCACGGAUACAUGCCAGAGGUCCAGUGGGAUUGGAGGGGCUUCUGACCACCAAAUGGGUCCUUCGGGGGGAAGGGCACACUGUGGUUGACUUCUCGGAGCAAGGCAGUAUGAAAUACCUUCAUGAAAACAUCCCUGUCCCCCAGGGGAGCUUUAGUUAGGUACCCAACCAAAGAGCCAUCACCAGGAGUCAAGAUAACAAAUGUCCAUGCAGUUUAUUUAAAGGUUUGUGUUUGCUAGUAGCACUUCGAUUUCUCAGCUGCUGCUGCUUCAUCACCUGUAUAAACUCACUAUAUUGGUGCAGGAAGCUUGCAUGCAGAACAGAGGCUACUUUCACUUGAUCACCACAUUCCUGGUUUUGUGAACCUCUGCAUAAACCUGUGAAUGUUUUCUAGAUAAACAUUGAUCUCCUGAGAAAAUGACUGGUGGUUACAUGACAGUUGAGAGGGGUAUAUACUGUGGUUAAAAAAACAAAAACAAAAAAACACCACCAAACAAAUACAUUAUUAUGUAUAUGUGUGUGUGACAGGUGACAAAGUACUGUUUACAAAAACAAAGCUCUUUCAUCUGUAAGGCCAUUUUAUUUUUUAUAGCAGAAGAAAAAAUCAUUGGACCGGGUGUGAUUAUCUAACUUAUUUUUCUAUGUACAACCUCGCCCUUGUUUUUGUAAUUUACUGCAAUGUGUUAUUUGUGCAGGAUCUUGAUUCAGAUUUUGCUCCUUUUCCUCUUUGCAAAGAUGAUUAAAUAUGUUGUACAGUUCUUUAAACAGUAAUGUAUUUUAUUUAUCACAAAUUUAAUACUGAAAAAUCUGCAUCCUAAUGUCCCUGGUUGACAUGUGCAGUUAGUGUUGAUGUUAAGAAAAAUUUAUAAAUCAAUGCAACAGCUUUAAAAUAUUCAGCUAUGGUAGCAUUCAGUUGUUCAAUAGAUGAAAUCCUAAAUAUUUCCCACCAUUUCACAUAUUGUUUGAGGGAACAUAAUCUUUUGACAAUGGCUGAUUGAUCGUUUGGUUCUUGAACAUUAAUAAAUCCCAAUUAAACCGACA